AUGAGACAAUAUGCCGUUUGUAGUGAAGAUUUGAAUGAAAUUCAACAUCAUUUACAGGAAUGUGAUGACGAUAUGUAUGACACAAUAGCACCAGUCACACAAGACACUGAACGUCGAGAUCAGGAUGAAGGCAAUACAGAUACACAUCCAGAUUUGAAUGAAACUUAUGAUCUUUCUGAGGAUUUGGGUAUCCCAUCAUCAUUACCAAAUAAUGAACCACUCAUUUUAAAUGAAAUGCAAGACGAUGAAUAUCGACGAUUGCUCCAAAUGCUUAAUAGAAAGCAAAGAGAAUUUUUUUACCAUGCUUUGCAUUUAAUUAAAACAUCUGAUAAACCAUUUUAUGCCUUUUUAAGUGGAGCUGGAGGUGUUGGUAAAUCUCACCUUAUUAAAUCAGUUUAUCAAGCAGCAUUAAAAUACUAUAAUGCACAAGCUGGUGAAGAUUUUCGUCGUGUUCAUAUAUUAUUACUUGCUCCUACAGGAAAAACAGCUUAUAUUAUUAAAGGUAACACGAUUCAUAGUGCCUUGACAGUUCCAGCAAGUCAAUCACUUAAAAAUUAUAAACCACUUGAUUCUGGCAGGCUAAACACGUUUAGAUGCAAACUGGGUGCAUUAAAGUUGAUACUACUUGAUGAAAUAUCAAUGGUUGGAAACAGCAUGUUCACAGUUCAGUUGAAUAACCGUUUGAAAGAUUUAAAAGGAAGUAAAGAAGACUUUGGUGGGGUUAGCAUCAUUACACUUGGUGAUUUGUUUCAACUUAAACCUGUCAUGGAUGGCUACAUUUUCACUGAUGUUCAGUGUUUAAGUUCUUAUAAUAUUCUUGCUCCAAAUUUAUGGAAAAGAUAUUUCAGAAUGUUUGAGCUUGAUGAAAUUAUGCGACAAAGAGAGAGCAAGGAAUUUGCCGAGAUCUUAAAUAGAUUAAGAGAAGGUAAACAUACUUCCAGUGACCUCAAGAAACUGAAGGAAAGAUGUGUUAACGAAUCUAGUUGUCCUACAGAAGCUCCACGUUUGUUUAUUCAAAAUGCUUUGGUUGAUGAUUAUAAUGAAAAAGUAUAUGAAUCGUUUAGUGGAGAUAAAUAUGUAAUUAAAGCACAAGAUAGUGUCAUUGGAGCAUGUUCUGCUGAGCUGAAAGAGAAAAUAAUGAGACAAAUACCUUAUGUUUCUUUGAGGAACUCUAAACAGUUGGCUAGUAAACUUAAACUUGUUGUAGGACAACGAACUGAAAUGGCAGUUAAUGCGCGAACUGAUGAUGGUCUUACAAAUGGUGCUAGUAAUAUAAUAAAGUUAAUACAAUUAAGAGACGAAAGUAAACCAUCUGGUGUUGUUUGGGUCCAAUUUGACUGUGAAGAUGUUGGGAAAAUAACCCGACAGGAAAACAGAAAUCUUUAUCAUACAGGUAUUGAAAGUACGUGGACACCAAUAAAACCUGUUACAACACAAUUUGCAGUGGGCAAAACUAAAUCAGCUCAAGUUGUCAGGAAACAAUUUCCAUUACGGCCAGCAUCAGCCAAAACUGUACACAGAUCACAAGGUGAUACUCAGGCUCAAAUUGUUGUAAACUUAAAUACUAACAGGACUAUUCCUCAUAUACAUUAUGUUGCUUUAAGUCGAGUUACGACAAUUGAAGAGUUAUAUAUCACUGAUCUAUGUGAAAAUAAAAUAUCUGUUGAUCAAAGAGUUGUCAAAGAAAUGGAAAUGUUACGAACUGAACGUAGCUUAAAACUUUGUUUUACACCAUUGUAUAUGUUGGAUCAUUCGGAUUUAAAAGUCUGUUACCUCAAUGCACGAUCUCUGCAUAAACACAUUGAAGAUGUUCGGAAAGACAUCAAUUACUCUUCAACUGACAUUGUAAUAUUUACUGAGACAAGGUUUAGCCCAUUGGACCCUGAUGAAAUGUACAAUAUAAAUGGUUACAGACUAUUUAGAAACGAUAUUUCUCAAUUUUCUGGUCCUGGAAGACCAUAUGGUGGAACAGCUGUUUAUAGCCGAAUCCCUUUAAAAGAACGUUAUCCAUAUGCUCACAACACUAAUGGAAUUGAGUUUACAAUUAUCAAAACCGAAAGUCACCCAAACCUGACUAUAAUUGGGUUGUAUCGUUCUCCCAGUAUUGCUUUAUCACGCCUACUUUCUGCUCUUCGAACUAUUCUUGAUCAAGAUUCCUCUUCACAAAACAUAUUCAUUGGAGACUUUAAUAUAAACUGGAUGGCGGAAACUGACCGGCAAUCGCUUUACAACCUAAUGCUUAGAGAAAAUGACUACCGACAAUUAAUAUCAUCUUUUACAACAGAUAACAGAACAUUAAUUGAUCAUUUAUAUACAAAUUUGAUUGAGGAAGAAAUUAAUGCUGGCAUUCUUGAAACCUACUUUAGUGAUCAUAAAGCUAUAUGGGCUUCAGUCAAACGGUAA